AUGGAGCGGAACGGAUCCGCCUUUCUGGGAAUCACUGGCCUAACCAGCGUGCAGCGAGUCUUCAAACUCGCAACUGCAGCAGAAGUCCAGAGGUUCGAAGAGGAAAAACAAGUGCUGUCAGGAUUGGAUGAGAAGGACGGCUUUGUGCAUCUGAGCGAUGCUUCUGCCGCUCGGAUGGUGGCAGAGCGCUUCUUUCCAGGGCAGGACCUGACUGUGCUGGAGCUGGACUUGGAGAAGCUGCCACAACCCAUUCGAUGGAUUCAGGGGACCAUGACAGAUCCUGAACCGGAAAGAUCACUCAGGCAGCAGGCUUCCAGUGUGGUGCACUACUUGAAGCCGGACGGAUGCGUCCAUGUCUAUGGGACAGUGUCCAUGGAAAUGGUGGUGCAGAGUGCAGCGGUCUGCUGCCAGGACGGCAAGCACAGCUUCCCUGCCUGGAUGUGA